CGCUCUCUCUGACCACAGCAUAAGUUGCGGUCACAAUCUCUGCUGGGCUGUAUCUCCGAGCUACACCCGCCAACCAGCUCUACCAGACUACCCGAGAGAACCCGACCGCGGAAGUCAUUCUACGCUCUACGGUCUCAUGGUCAAGAUACAUACUGUGGAAAUCAUCCCUCCGUUGCUCAACUCAUCAUGUCUGUGGGCUUCGGAUUUCGAGCAACUACGCGAUCUGUAUGACUCGCCACAUACAGGCGCAGUGACGACGCGGACGGCAACACUUCAUGGGUUUAAGGAGAAUAGUGCAAACGCUGUCGUCUUCUCUGCUGAUCAAUAUACCACGCUCAACUCCUACGGGUACUCUCCUCGUCCCCUCGCGCAGUACCUGGAGUGGGUGGAGACAUUGCUCUCUACUCCAUCACCACGACGCAAGCCAAUAAUCCUCAGCAUAACUGCCUCAAAUCCUGUAGAUCUAGGGCAGAUGCUCAUACACAUCCAGAGUCUCCGUCGUCGCCUCCGCGAAGUCAUUCCUCCGGACGAGAUUUUCCCAGAUUCAUCUACCCUACUGGCGAUCGAGCUGAAUACAUCCUGUCCUAAUAUCCCAUCUGCGCCACCGCCAUCCUAUCAUCUACCCUCACUUCGCCCACAUCUUGCCAUUCUCGCUGACGUGGCGCGAGAAGAUCCGUCUCUCACCAUAGGCUUGAAGCUUCCUCCUUAUCCUGAUGUGACGCGAGUCACGGAAGUCGUCAAUUGCUUGAGCGAGUACACCUUCGAGGCGGAGGGUCCGCGAAACCCCUUCGCGUUUGUGACGUGUACCAACACGCUCGGCGGAAGCCUUUUGUUCACCGACCAGGUCGACAGCAAUUACAUUUCCACUGGUGACGACGUUCCCGCGUUUGCAGUUCCUCCAGCCAUCGGUGGCCUCGGUGGUAUCCAGAUGCAUCCCAUCGCUCUUGGUACUGUCCUCGCGUUUUCUCGCGCUUUAGCUGCGCAUGGCGAUCCCGCAGUCAGGAAAAUUAAGGUGAUCGGUGUCGGUGGUGUUACCGAUCGUGCUGCUGCUAGACGAAUGCGUGCCGCUGGAGCCUCUGCGGUGGCAUGUGCGACACUACUAGGGCGGGAAGGUAUAAGGGCGUUUGAGAUAUUGACUGAGUGAUCGACGUGGAAUUCGACCUGUAUAGCUGGCAAUAUAGUUCUUGUCCCUGA